AUGCAAAUUCUCAAUAGUCAAUGGGCAACUACUGUAUGUAGUUUCUUCGAAACAAAUCAAACGACACAACGUAACAAAUAUCUUCAAUUAUGUCAUCAACUACAGUUUACAUUAUCAACAAAUAAUACUUCAUCCAUAUUUCCAAAACAGCAAGUUGAUAGACAACAAUGGAAAGAUCUCACAGACUGGAUUCAACUAAAUCGACAUGCGAAUCCUCCAACUCUUGAAUUGAAAGGGAACAAAGUUAUGUUAUUAUUAAAUAUCUAUUAUGAUUAUUAUUGUAAUAAUCAACUGACAUUUCUCAAUACACUGUUACCAUUGAUUGAAAGCAUGUUACAAUCAUUACCAGGAGAAUUACGAGUUUUUCGAGCGUUUUUGCAACCUGAACAAUUUAUGAUUGGAUAUUCUAGAGAAAAUGAUAAUGCCGACAAGGAUUUUCUUAACAGUUUAUUCAGAGUUGAUUGCAAAGACGAAGAUGAAUUAUGCAUUCAUCAUUCACUUGUAAAUCUUCUAGUCAUGUUUCUUAUGGGUGGUGGCAAACAAAGUUUUUUAUGGACAUUUGCAUUUCAUCCAUUGACAUUGCAGAAUAAAUUUGGCUUUGCGUCACCAGCAUAUCAUUCGGAACAAUGGUGUACAUUAUGA